AUGGAAACACAUUUAACUUUGUAUUUUUAUUCGGUACAUAAAACUUAAGCGAAAAAGUAAAUUUUGUGUCCACUAUAUCAUCAACCAAACGUAUUUGUUUCCGAUAAAAAAUCAGUGCAUGUAUGUUUUUUAUUUAUUUAACCUUUGCCUAGUUAAAAGGUUAAAUAAAACAUCAUAAAUGCACUGAUGUUUAUCGGCAACAAAUCCGUUUGGUGGAAACAUCACUAGUGGGAAAUGCGCAUAAUUUCUUUAUGCGGAUGUUAGAAUAGUCGCAAGAAAAUCUGUCACCAAUUAAAUGGAAACCUACCUAAUGGAGGCAUUUUCAAAAUGGUCAUAGACAAACUACUGUUUCUUCAUUAGAUCAAUAGCGCCACACUUAUUUUUAUGAAAAAAAUGUCUAGACUGCAAGUUCAUGUCCAAACCUGUAGGUGGCAGAGUGAUGUAUUCUUUAGCGGAAAUGCCAAGGAAAUGAAAGAAAAACUUGACGUCAGGCUACUGAAAUUUGUAAACAAACACAUGGGACAUCUUUAGUACAAGUACUGCAAAUUACAUUUGAUACAUGAGCAACCAUGAAGAGGGUAUUUGUAACCGUAGGAACAACAAGCUUUGAUGACCUAAUCGAACGCGUUACUUCCCCUGAAGCUGUUCAAGAGUUGAAAUCCCGCGGCUAUCAACAUUUGGUCCUGCAGGUUGGACAAGGCUCCAUUCUCCCAGAUCCAGACAGCUGUCACGAGCUCACGUUAGAGGCCUACCGAUUCAAGGAUUCCAUUGCUGAAAAUAUCAAUUGUGCCGACCUGGUUAUCAGCCAUGCUGGGGCAGGUAGUUGUCUGGAGACCCUUGGUGCAGACAAGCCACUGCUAGUUGUGGUCAAUGACAAACUUAUGGACAAUCACCAGCUAGAGCUGGCCAGACAGCUACACCAAGACUCACACCUACUGUACUGCACCCCCAGCACUCUUACUGAGACCCUGAAGACAAUGGACCUUGCUGUUCUUUCACCCUUCUUACCCGGACAACCAAAGCAUUUUGCCAAUUUCCUGGACAGGGCCCUUGGUGUUCAAUGAUUCCAAUGGAGGGCAGUCUCUGAGGUCAACUCAGUGUUCUGUUAUGGACUCUCGAGAUGUUUUGCGCUCUUCUUCAUGUGGCUUUCCAGCAGACUAGACGCUGUGUUGCGUACUGCCUUUCACAGGUCGGAGUGUGGAAUGCAAAUUGUGGUCACAAAAACAAAAAAGGUGAAUGGCAUAAUCUUAAAUUGCACCACCAUUUAACCCAGCACCUAUACACUAUCACCAAAAACCAACCACCCCAUCCCACUACGUUGGCCCUAAACAAUCCUACACCAUGCUGUCGGUCUGGGAGGAUGGAACCCCUUCUCUCAAAACUUCCUGUAGUUCUUCUGCACUAAAAUCUCUCACCCAAAAAUAUUUCUCUGCUGCUGCAACGACCACAUAUAUCUUCUGUGAUUUUUGCUCCAUCAGCGCAGUACAGUUGAUCACCAUGGCUAUGAUGUUUGCUCCCUGAAACUCCUCAUCUUUGCGAUGAACUGGAAGUGGGGUUGGCCAGAGGGUAGCCUGGGCCUCGCGUGCCUGGCUUCUAGUUUUUCCUAUCAGUAUGCAGAGCUAAUACCAACUCAGGCAAUUGCCUGGGGCCUUACAUCAUCAUCAUUUUGUUUAAUAAUGCGCUAUUAAGCAAUUGUGACCAUCUCUGUUUAUGACAAACACUGCGGAUUCUGUUUUCUCCCUGCGAAUUUGGCUCUAGCUUUUGAGCAGCGGGCUCCCGAGUGGCGCAGCGGUCUAAGGCACUGCAUCACAGUGCUAGAGGCGUCACAAUAGACACUGGUUCGAUCCCGGGCUGUAUCACAACCGGCCGUGAUCAGGAGUCCCAUAGGGCGGUGCACAAUUGGCCCAGUGUCGUCCUGGUUAGGGUUUGGCCGGUGUAGGCCAAAUUGUAAAUACAUUGUAAAAAUAAUUUGUUCUUAACUGACUUGCCUAGUUAAAUAAAGGUAAAAAUAUAAUAUUAAAAAAAAAACUUAUGACCCCAUUCCUGAAGCUAAGAAAUACUUUGUUUCCCUCUACGACACUCACAAGCUCUUCAGGACACACAUUUUUUUUCUACAUACCUGAUGAUCUUCUCUUAUGUUUUCCCGAACUUUCCAAUUUCUGAUACAAUUCUCACUUUUUGAUGCAAAUGAAAAUUGUUACAUCUUUCCCAUAUUCAAGUAAUUUAACAUAUUUUCUUAUUCGCUUUAUGAACAUAAACUGCAACCAAGUUUC